AUGAUCUUCUUGCAGGUCACCGGAGAGCAGUGCGCCGGCGUCGGCAAACAGUUCACGAGCAAAGACAUUGAGGUGAAGUGCAGCAAGGAUCCACGAGUCAAAGUUCAUCGAUACUACGGAGGCCACCUGCCUUGUGUCUUCGAGAACGAGGUUGUUUGUCCGCCAGAAGCAGCGGGAAAGACAGUGAUCGCACUCGCCAGCUGGCACGACGCUAUGAAUCUGCCGCACUUCAUGGAGUCGAACGCCUUCUUCUGUGACCAUCCCACCGGGCGUCGGUUGAACCAGACGGCAGCUUUGGAGGCUGCAACCCAGCUGGUGAAGAAUGAUGAAAGUGUGGGCUUUGGAUUCGAGUCGCAAGGUCAUCACGAAGGCCUUACUCGCAAGGCUCGGAGAGCUUUUCGCUCUCUGGCGAAGCACUGUCAUGAAAAGCCGCUGAAGUACAGCAUUGGGGCGGGAAUAAAUUACAUUCAGCUCGUGAAGAACAUCCCAUACGCAGGAGGAGCCAUGGGCACGGGUGACGGUAAAUCCAAUCCCCUGUCCGGGCAUUUUACACCGGAUGGAAGUUAUGUGUCCAACCCAUACCAGCUUUGGCGCCUAGGGGACGAUGCUGAACAUCGCAAGCGAUUGAGCGACCUGCUUCCUGAAAGUGUCUGCGCCGGUGGCAUCUGUGAGGGAAUGAUGCUCGGUUGCCAGAAGACGAAAAUCAGACCCAUCAACAUCCCUAAGAUCAGCUAUAAGUUCUCGCGCACCUUCAACUGGAUCCCACACGUCGGUCCCAGUGCACGACAUGUUAUAGCUUACGGCCUGAUGGUUCUGCCAGCUGCCGUCAAAGAAGCUGGCAGGGAGGCGCAGCAAAUGGAGAAAGCAUUGGAAGCGAAUGGCACCAAUCAGUCGCAACCCUUGCAAACGAUGGCCGAAGACUUUCAGAAGAUCUUUCAGCCUGAGCAGAGCCGUCGACUGCAGCAGAAACCUUUUCAGACUCCCGCAGGGGGUGAGUUCAGAGAAGAGACGCUGGAAGACAUGGAGGACGAUUGGAGCAAGCAUGGUGCUUUUGACGAGAUGGUCGUGCAAAUCACCGAACCCAUGCACUAUCCGAUUACGGAGGAAAUCAUGGAAUACCUGUUGGCAGCGGAUGCUUUUCGCGGCCUCGAGGACGGUCGAGAGGCAACGCACGGUCCAAUCAAAGUCAUCGGCUAUGAGCUGCUGCACUCCCCAGGGGCUGCAGACAAUACCCAAAAACAUUCGAAGGUGAAGGAGAGGAGGCCUUCGCCUUCCCGGCAGAGAGCAGCAGGAACCGUCCAAACUCUCUCAGAGGCAGAUUCGCAACUCUGGGAUGCGACGCGCAGCCAUCACCCAUCUCAAGGUGCGGUGCUGCAGACAGGCCUCGGACUCUGUGCUGUGGCGGCGGCACUUGCUUCGUCGCUGUGUGUGGCCCUCCUCGCAAGGGGCCGACGAGGCUACUCAGCUUUAUCCUCACAGAGUGAAGCGAGUGAAGCGGCUUCCGCUUAG